AUGCCUUCCCCAUUCCAGCAGAAGUACUCUUCCCAGAACCACAAGGUCUUUAAAGACAACACCACCCCAGCCAUGCCCGAAGCACCCAAGCAGGAGGCCGACCGUCGUUCUUCUGAGUCUUCAGUUGGCUCUUCAUAUUACGAUGGCCGUCGUAGGUCUUCUGCAGCUCAGCGAUUUGGCAACCUAGAGGCCCUCAAGCGUCGUCAAGAUGAAGAGAGCAUGGCUCGCAGGCAGUCAUUCCACGACGCAUACGGAAAGCCAGGUUUCCUUGGAACUCUCUGGAACAACUUCACUCGUGGUCCCAUUACUCCUUCUCAGAAGUAG